UAUUUUUUAAAAUUGCACAUUCGCAGAGGAAAGCAUUGAUUGGGUGAGCCCAGUAUCUGGUUGAAAGAUCGCCGCUGACCUCCACCACCACUGAUUCCGGCCACGCUUCCUGUCUCCCCCGCCCAGCGCGUAGAACAGACUCCGGCUGUUCCUUUCGCGUUGAUGGGCCAGUCUGCGUCGACCCACGGGCUGAGCCACCGCCCCCACGGUCAGACGCAGACCAACCCCCUCCGCCGCCGGCCUUCCAACCUCCGGCCAGAGAUGGCGCCUCUGAUGCCGACGGUCGAAGAAAGCGUCGAGCUUGAUUACAUCUCCGAGCUCCCCGACGAGUGCCUGUCCUGCAUUUUCCAGCUCCUCAGCUCCGGCGACAGGACGACCUGCUCGCUGGUUUGCCGGCGGUGGCUGCGCGUGGAGGGUGAGAGCCGCCGACGCCUCGCUCUCAAUGCGCGGGCGGAGCUGCUGCCUCAAAUCCCGUCGCUCUUCUCUCGCUUCGACGCCGUCGCGAAGCUCGCGCUGCGCUGCGACCGCCGAUCCGUGAGCCUGGACGACGACGCCCUAAUCCUGAUCUCGCUCAGGUGCCGGAACCUCACGCGGCUGAAGCUCCGCGGAUGCCGCCAGGUCACCGACGUCGGAAUGGCCGGCUUCGCCAAGAAUUGCAAAGGUUUGAAGAAAUUCUCGUGUGGUUCCUGCAUUUUCGGAGUCAAAGGCAUGAACGCCUUGCUCGACCACUGCUCGGCUCUGGAGGAGCUCUCCGUGAAGCGCCUCCGUGGCAUCAACGACGGCGUCGAGCCGAUCGGGCCCGGCGUGGCUGCCUCGUCGCUCAAAUCAAUUUGCCUCAAGGAGCUUUAUAAUGGCCAGUGCUUCGGACCUUUAAUAGUCGGUGCGAAAAACCUAAAAGCCCUAAAAUUGUUGCGUUGUUUAGGCGAUUGGGACAGGCUUUUGGAAAUGGUGGCAAAUCGGAAUAAUUCUUUGGUUGAAAUCCAUUUGGAGAGGCUCCAAGUGAGCGACGUUGGUCUUAUGGCCAUAUCCAAUUGUUCCAACAUUGAGAUUUUGCAUCUUGUCAGGACCCCAGAAUGCACCAAUUGUGGGGUUGUGUCGAUUGCAGAACGCUGCAAAUUACUGAGGAAGCUCCACAUUGAUGGAUGGAGGACAAAUCGGAUUGGUAAUGAAGGCCUUAUUGCCAUUGCCAAGCAUUGCAGCAACCUUCAAGAACUGGUUCUGAUUGGGGUCAAUCCCACUUCCAUUAGCCUCGAAGCCCUUGCUACCAAUUGUCAAAAACUGGAAAGAUUAGCCCUUUGUGGUAGUGAGACAAUUGGGGAUGCAGAGAUUUUGUGUAUUGCUUCGAAAUGUGUGGCAUUGAAGAAGCUUUGCAUUAAGGGGUGCCCGGUGACUGAUCAGGGUAUUGAAGCUUUCGCUUGGGGUUGUCCUAAUUUGGUGAAAAUAAAGGUGAAAAAGUGCCAGGAAGUGACUAGUGAUCUUGUGGAUUGGUUGAGGGCCAGGAGGGGAUCGGUGGUGUUUAGUUUGGAUGUCUGUGAGGUUGAAGCUGAUGGGUUGGAUGCAACUGCGAGUGACGGUGGAGCACAAGAUGAUGGCCUGGAGUUCCCAGCAAUUGUGAGUCAGGGCACUACUGCCCCUGCCCCUGCCCCUGCCCCUGCCGCUGCCGCUGCUGCAGAUGCUCCAUCCACUAGCAAUGGCCGGCGGUCUUUGUUCAAGUCAAGGUUUGGUCUCUUUGGAGGUAGGGGUCUUGUGGCUUGCACUUUCAGAAGGUGUGGCUUGCAAUUUAGUUUAUAAUGCUCUGCACAAUUAGAUAUCUUGUGCCCACAAAAUUUCCUGCUGUCGUGUCACUGAUCACACAGCAUAACUCUAUUUGGUGUUUGAUUUCCUUAGUUUUGAUUUUGUGAUGUCUUUGUUUCUGAUAACAGCAAUUGUACCAAAGAAUACUUUUUCCAAUUGUGAUCUUUCACCUCUAGCUUGUAUAACUGGUGUUUCGUGUGUUCUAUUGGUGUUGAUUUUAUUUGUGUUUCUCAAACCAAUUCAGGAGAAUCCUCCGGUGUCAUCUAGAUAUGAAAGUGUUACCUUUUGACUGGGAUUAUCCAUUAUGCCAAACUGUUUAUGGCCAUGUUUUCAUGCGAAUAUGCUGAACUUUUUCGAUGAGUUACCAUCAAUUUCCAAUUGUCAGUAAUUGAACUUUUUGGCUCUA